AUGCCGUUGCAAGCCGCAAUUUUUGUCAUGUCCCUCGAGUGCUCGCCUGCACACUCGUUCGCGCACAAGCUUGAUAUGGCCAAGAAGUACGUAAUCAGCGGCAUUGAGCUGUGGUGGGAGGAUCUUUUGGCAGUGCGCAAGCUGCGAGGCAUGUGUGACAAGCAUUCCUUGCAGAUAAUCUCGAUACAGUCGUUCUAUCAUUACGAGGGGCUUCGGGACCGUUCCAUUCACGAGCAACAGGAGCUGACUGACGAUGCGGCGGUUCGGCUAGCGGAUUUGCGAAAGAUGGCCGACUUGGGACUUGACAAACGACCAAUAAUGAGGUUUUGCUAUGAGAGCUUAGCGUGGGACACAAAUGCGGAUACAUGGGAGAAGAGUUUGGAGGUGGUACAGCAAGUGGACCGCCCCAACUUUGGCAUCUGCCUGGACGCCUUUAACAUUGCGGCCCGGGUCUUUGCCGAUUCCGCCGCGCCAAGCGGAUGUGCCCGUGAUGGCAUGAAGGAACUCGUGUCUAGUCUCGAGCGUCUGCGGUGUAGUGUUGAGCCAGCGAAGGUGUUUCUAGUCCAGCUUGUCGACGCAGGACGUCUCAAGGAGCCGUUGGUAGAGGGACAUGAGCUCUACCAAGCGGCACAGCCAAGCCGCAUGUCUUGGUCACGCAACUGCCGCCUGUUCUAUGGGGAACACGGUGGAUAUCUUCCAAUCAGGGAAAUCGCCUGGUGUUGCUUCAUGAUCUAA